UUAUUAUAAAAAAUAUUUUGCCUUAUGCUUGGUGCUUGCUUGGAAGAUGGAUAGCUUAGCUAACUAGCUAACUGCACUGCUAACUGUAGAAGGCUGGUUGGUUAUGGUUUAUACAUACUUAUUGGCUUUUCCUGGACACUGAGGAUUUUUAAUAUUCUUUUUAUUUUAUUUGUAGACGCUUAAAGUGCACUAAUCCGUAAUCUAAAGGCAAUCCAUGAGGGUUAACGAAACUAUAGCAGAGUACAGGAGGAGCAGCAUGCUAACAACCAUGACAUGCUAAGUGUUUAGAAGGAGCUGUAUGUGAACGCAGAAGAGUGACUAAACCUGCUGAAGUUUGAGAAGGACCAGAUCAUUGCAGGGCAGACUUGACACCAAUGAAGGGGCAACAGAAAAGCCCUGAUCCACAGGUGGAUAUGCCUAUCAUGGAGGAAGGAGCUACUGCUACAGCUGUUGACCCAUCUACUGUUGCAAUUCAGUCAGCUGCUACGUUUUCUGCUGAACAGCCAAUAAAGUACGUUUUCAAAACGGAGGGAAAUUCUGGACAGGUGACGUAUCGAGUGAUCCAUGUAGCUGAAGGGCAGAUGGAGACUCAGUCAGAUGGAACUGCAGCUGUUAGUGUUGUGACUGGCUUCCCUGCAGCCUCGCAGGCCGGGACACCCCCCGUAACACGGGCUGUAUAUGCCCAGGCUGAGGGUCUUGAGAUGGAGGCCACUGAGGGUCACUACUACUAUCCAUCCACUAUCAGUGACACUGCCCCAGCCACCAUAGUAACCAAUGUCCAUGCGGCUGAUUCGCUACUCACGCAACCUACAUCUGCAGGCCAACUUUAUGUGAUGAUGUCACCACAGGAAGUGUUAGGCACAACCAAUCAGAGUAAGUCUGAGACACCUUGCACUUCAAGAGAUGACAAGAGGAGAGCACAGCAUAAUGAAGUUGAACGCAGACGCAGGGACAAAAUAAACAACUGGAUUGUCCAGCUGUCCAAAACAAUCCCUGAUUGCACCGUGGACUCGGCCAAAACGAGCCAGAGUAAAGGUGGGAUCCUAUCAAAGGCCUGUGAUUACAUUCAGGAAUUGCGCCAAAGCAAUGCUCGAUUAUCAGAGGAGCUGGAAACACUGGAGCGACUGAGGCUGGAUAAUCAGCUCCUCAGACAAGAGGUGGAAGACUGGAAAUCUAAGAAUCAGAUGCUUAGAAGCCAGUUAAGGCAUCAUGGUAUUGUCGCUGCCUCAAGCAUGGACCCUCAGUGAAGCCCUGCACAUCCUCGAAUGCUUCUCCUCCCACCACAGGCUUAUAAUGAAUUAAGCUUAAGCAACACUGCACUCAGCAAUCUUUAAAGAGCACUCUUUGAAGGCUGCCUGGCAGAAUGUUUCUGGACUUGAUUUUGAGCCUGAUUUGCCUUAUGGUUGAGAGUGUUGGGUAAGGCCAUGAAUUAUAGAGGAGAUAAUUGAUUUUAGAUAAGCUGGUAAAAGCUCUGAGUUCCCUGUGUGCUCCUCCUAGUAAACAAUUGAUGGACAGAUAACGUACCGGUAUCUGAACCGCACUAAACUACAUUGUUUUUGAGUAAGAUCAAUAGUGUCUAAAGAAUCCUUUAUUUUUGUGUCGUACUGGAUAAUAGGUUAGUUUGGAGAAAGGAGGUGACGCUCAUUUUAUGGCUUCUGAAUCAAAGGCAAAAGCAUUUGUGCUACGGAUAUAGUCUUGAGUUACGGGAAUUAGUGCCGUUUCAGCUUUACGUUGAUGGUUAUUGAGGUAAUUUGAACAUUUUGUACUGGGUAACAGGGUCAAAUUUCCUUCUCUGAAAUAAUGUGUGAAAUAAUGGAUUGUACACAAUAUAAACCAUACCGACGUUCAGAAAAUAUUCUCUAAAAGGUUUGAUAAUUUUUUUUUUUUUUUCUUUUUCAUCUGUACAAAUAUGCUGUUGAGUCAUAGGGGAUAGUUUAGCAUCACUAUAAUUAAAUUUCUUUGUACGGUAUAUAUUUUGGCAAUAGACUGUAUAUUGCCAUAUAUUUAGUUAAUUUAGGCUUGUGAAAAAGAAUCCAAGGAUUUGUGUAUCUCAAACCCUGUGUCUCAAAUCAUUUUCAAUAACAAUGUUAUUUGUGCCAAAUUUCUUAGGUUUGUAUUAAAUUAAAAGAAAUGAGAUGUGUAACAGUUUUGUAUUAAAAUACUUUUAAACCUGA